AUGCAGACCCAAGACGUACGAUACUUGCUCGAGUCCAGAGGUCUUUCAGGCAAUCACAUUUGCAUAACCGGUUUGUCUCUCGGUUGGAUCAGUCUAGACGCGGAUUUGGUCUCACUCAAUCUGCCUGUUUUGUAUGCCGAAUACUUCCUGUACGGGGACUACACUUGGCCGCAUUUCAUGGGUACGCAACUUGGUGAAUUGCUUCAGUUGGCCUGUGACAGUGAAUUGGCUCCGAUGGGUUGUCGAGUGCACGCUUUUGGCGAGGCUGCUAAUGUUGUCGCCUCCGGUGUACGACUUCAUUGUAUCCGAUCUGGUCUGGUAAAACGUGUCAGUCAUGCUUCUCGACCGGUGUCUACUACUACACCUCGAGUGAGCAAAUCUUCCAGUCAGCUACCAGCUCGCUGGGGCAGUCAGUCGUCGAUGUGUUCGUCCCAGGAUGCGUCGUCCACAGAGACCAACGAAAACGGCACGUUACGGCCACCUCCAUUGGUGAUUGUUUUCAGCCGAGGAAUCGUUACUCUGCCGGAUCCAACGGGCAAUGAUCCGGCUCCGAAAAAGCAGUUUUUGAACGGUUCAAAAAUGCACUACUACAAAGAUGUCCGGGAUGUGCACAUUGCACACAUAUGUACGUUGCUUGGAAAAUGGCGUAUCGAUCUGCAAGAGAAGAAAACCAGUCUGGAAUCCCAACUGGCCAGUCGGUCCGGACCCACCGAUUUGCACGGUGACGGUAGCAGUAGUGUCAGUGAGCUGAAAGCACUGAGUGCGCAAGUGGGUCCACUGCUGGCUCAGCGGCGUGAGCUGACCUUAUUACUGCUGGCAUUGGAACAGGUCAUGGAUGUACUGACGCGUCGUGAACGUAUAGAAGAUGUCCGGGCGGCACAAACACUUUUGUUGCGUUCAGGCAGUGGUGGUAGUUUGGCUAUGGCACAGUCUCAAUCGGUCACCGGACCGGAUGAUUCGACCACUUCAAACGCGGCGACUGGGAGCACAAAUUCUUCGUCUGAAAGCAAGCAAAUCUCUGCCGGAGGAAAUUCUGGUACUGUGGCUGAUGACCUGUCCUCGAUGCCAAUGCGUUUAGUUAUUGAAUGGUUGAGCACACAGUGA